GUAAAGUCGCAUAUACAUUAAUCAGAGUACUACAAAGAUCAUCACCAUGAAGACGUCGAAUUGUAUAUUAAUUCUAUGCCUAUGUUUGGUAGCUGCCUAUGCUCUUCCGAGUUUGAUAGACACCCAAGUGCACAAGGAUAUUCGUUGCCUUUGCCAUGCAGUUUCCGGAUGUUACUUUUUGACUAACUGCGCCAAAUACUCCGUAAACUACGAAUAUUGGCAAAAGGCCGGAAGCCCGGUUCUUUCCGUGGAUCAGAUUCCCGAUCAGAAAGCCUACAGAGCCUGCAUACUUAACAAUAAUUGCGUUCUGAAUACAAUUAACAACUACGUGCAAGCCCAAGGCGAAAUGGACUGCAACUGUGACGGGGACUUCAAUGCUGAAGACAUGUUGGCCAUCCACUUCGGCGCUUGCCAAAAUAUGUCCCUGAUUCCAGAAUUGGCUAGAAGACAGUGGAGAUACAACAAUUGCGCUAAAGAAAAAAUGGAUAUGCCAACUGGAAGCUGUAUACCUGAUGCCGUUUAAACUAACAUCUUAAGAACAUUAUUUUUAUACAAAUAUUUCAUCGAUAAAAAAAUAUAAUUUCAAUUGAUUAUUAUAAAAUAAAAAGGAUCCGAAAAAUGAAUUAGACUGAAAUGUUAAAGAAUCGAGAAAUGACAGCUGUCAUCAUAUGCCAAAGCGGUGAAAAGUAAAUUUCUUGUAGUACGACUACAAAAGGGUUUACAAACGUUGGAUAAAUAUUUCUCAUCAUUAUAUAAAUAUGUACAAAAAUAUAUCAGAUCAACUUUAUAAUUUAA